AUGAAGAUAUUUUUUAAAUUACAAGCUCUAAAAUCCUUGUCUUCUUUGAAGUUUCAUCGUAGAGCUUUCCGUGAUCACCCAAGGUUGCUUGCCUCUGAUUUAUAUUCACAGUAUGAGUCUGUCAGGCGGGGUGAACAAGAAAUUCCAAAGUACUUUAACUUUGCAAGUGAUGUACUGGACAAAUGGUCUGAGAUUGAAAAGGCUGGAAAGAGACCAUCAAACCCUGCCUAUUGGUGGAUAGAUGGAAAAGGAGAAGAAGUGAAGUGGAGCUUUGAAGAGCUGGGCUUCUUGUCUCGGAAAGUGGCCAAUGUACUGACUAAAGUAUGCGGGAUGCAAAAGGGAGACAGAAUUAUUGUGAUCCUGCCACGGAUCCCAGAAUGGUGGCUGGUGAACGUGGCUUGCAUGCGAACAGGAAUUGUCUUAAUUCCAGGAAUAUCCCAAUUAACAGCCAAAGACAUAUUAUAUCGACUCCAGGCUUCAAAGGCCACCUGCAUCAUCACCAAUGACACACUGGCUCCUGCAGUGGACUCAGUAGCAUCUGAGUGUCAGUUUCUGAAAAACAAGCUAAUUGUGUCCCAAGGCAGCAGGGAGGGAUGGCUCAACUUCACUGACUUGUACAAGAGCCAGUCUGAUGAUCAUUCCUGUGUCAAAACAAGCAUUCAAGACCCUGUCUGUAUCUUCUUUACCAGUGGAACCACAGGUUCUCCAAAGAUGGCUGAACAUUCCCAGGGUAGUCUUGGUUUUAGACCCCUGUUAAGUGAAAGAUACUGGUUGGAUUUGACUCCCUCAGACGUAAUAUGGAACACAGCAGACACAGGCUGGAUACUAACUGCAGUGACAUCUGUUUUUGAUCCCUGGGUUUUUGGAUCAUGUGUCUUUAUACACCGCCUCCCACGGAUUGAAUCAUCCACCAUCCUAAAUACUCUCUCUAGAUACCCUGUGGACACUCUGGUUGGUGCUCCAACAUUGUUUCGCAUGCUGGUGCAGAAUGAUUUCUCCAGCUACAAAUUCAUGAACCUGAAGCACUGUGCCAGUGGUGGGGAGCCAGUCAACCCAGAAGUCAUGGAGCAGUGGAAAAGCAAGACAGGACUGGACAUCCAUGAAAUAUAUGGCCAGACUGAAACGGGAGUAAUCUGUUGUGUUUCUAAAGGAAUGAAGGUUAAACCUGGAUCAAUGGGCAAAGCAGCUUCCUUUUAUGAUGUUCAGAUCAUAGAUAAAAAUGCUAAUAUUCUACCUCCAGGACAAGAGGGCGAAAUUGCUGUCAGAAGCAAACCUAUAAGACCACUUGGUUUCUUCUCUAAAUAUGUAGAUAACCCUGAGAAAACGGCAGCAAGUGAACGUGGGGAUUUUUAUCUCACUGGGGACAAAGGGACUGUAGAUGAAGAUGGAUAUUUUUGGUUUGUUGGAAGAGACGAUGAUAUCAUCAUUUCUGCGGGGUAUCGCAUUGGGCCAUUUGAAGUAGAGAGUGCCCUGAUAGAGCACCCAGCAGUAGCUGAAACAGCUGUUGUCAGCAGCCCAGAUCCCCUCCGGGGAGAGGUUGUGAAAGCAUUUGUGGUCCUAUCUUCUGGCUUUACAUGUGAUGACCUGGAGAGUUUAGCCCGUGAAUUACAGGAGCAUGUCAAGAAAACUACUGCUCCAUACAAGUAUCCCAGAAAGGUGGAAUUUGUCCAACAACUGCCAAAGACAGUCACUGGGAAGAUCAAGAGGAACGAGUUGAGGGACAAAGAGUGGGGACGGGUAUAA